AUGUCGGCGUCGGCAGAUGACGGCGACGCCUCGCUGCCAGCCACCACCCCCGGCCAAGCAGCGCACACCACACCGGAAAGGCCCGUCCCGCGACAGCGCAAAUCCGACGCCCACAGCGCGCAGGUGCAGAUCCAGAACCGUCGGCGCGAGCAUCUCCAACGCCACCCAGAGUACCUGACCAGCAUCGAGCAUGAGCUAGCAGACCCCAUACUGUAUGAGCGCCUCGUCAAGCGGCACCAAUCCGCCGCCGAGCGCGAAGCCGAAGGCCGAGCCAAAGGCUACGGGCGCACCCUCGAGGCUGACCUCGUCCGCGGCGAGACCAAGCUCGCCGACCUGCGCGAGGCCCCAUUGUCAUCUGGCAGCCAGGCUCCUUCUCGCCCGACCACAACGACGACGGGCAUCGAGGAGACGUGGGACCAGCCUGCUGAGUCCAAGACGCACGGGCUGGAGCUCUGGCAGGCGUUUCUCACGAACCGCUUCGUGAGAGGUCAGGAUGAAGAGUUUGACUAUGCAGCGGUGGAUGGGAAUGAAGAGUAUGAUGGCCUGGCGAGGAUGGAGGCCGAGGAGCAGUGGUUCGACGAGGAGGAGCCGGCGCGAGUGGAUGAUGCUAAGCGGUUGGAGGGGGAGACUGGCGUUCAGGAUUUUUAA